AUGCAGCACCCCCCGCUGCCCCCCGCGCCGGCGCCCGCCGCCGACAAGCCGCGCGACGGCAUCCCGUACCUGGGCUCGCGCAUCUCGCUCGUGUCCAAGACGGACAUCCGCUACGAGGGCUUCCUCUUCAACAUCGACACGCGCCAGAGCACCGUGGCGCUGCAGAGCGUGCGCUCCUUCGGCACCGAGGGCCGCCGCCCCGAGCACGAGCACGUGCCGCCCUCGCCCCACGUGCUGCAGUACGCCACGUUCAAGGCGGCCGAGAUCAAGGACCUGCACGUG